CUUUGAGGACAAUGAAGAGCUAAUGGUCCUCCCCUAAGUGGGAUAUACAGGUAUAUAAAACAUUUACAAAACAAUACAUUUAACAGGAAGAAAAUCAGCAAUACAGAAAGAACAUUAGAUUAUUUUAAUUAGAUAAAGUUGAAGAAUAAUACAAAUGCACCUGACAAGAUAAACAUAAUCUUAAUACGGAUCAAAUAUAUAUGAAAAGUUUGUAAGGAGGAAGAAUGUUUUGUUUUGGAAAUAUGCCAAGAAAAAGUGGUUUCCUAAUUUUCAUUUUCUUGAUUUUGAUGAUCAAAGUGUUAUUCUAUUCAGAAAAAGUUAAAAUAAAAACAAUGAGGAUUUCAACAAAAACAAAAUCAGACAUAUCAAAUAUUACAGGAAACAUGAUGACAACAGCAAAAAAGGAUUACACAAAGAACUUUCUUUAUAUUGUGAAUUCUGAUCAAUGCAUAAGAGACUAUCUUGUACAAAUAGACAUGUUGGGAGACCCAGAUAAUUUGGAUGUGUUGGUAUUGAGUUAUAAAACUCCCUGCGAAGACUUGAAGUUAAACCAUAUUAAAUACGUAUUUGGCCCAAAUACAACUUGGGGAUCAGGAAGAAACGUUGCUUGGACAUAUGCGCAGAAACAUCUUGGGAAAUACUUGUAUUAUGUUUUCCUUGAUGAGGAUAUCAUAUUGAAACCAACACUACCAAGAAUUCUGAGUAAAGAUGCGCUGAAUAAACAGAACCUGAAUAUUUCCAUCCUGAGACAGUUUGAAAAUUUUCUGCUAGAAACACAACCUGCUGUUGGUGCGCCUCUGCGAUCAGUGUUUGACCCUUUGGGUAUUUACGACUUCAAUGAGUGCUGCCCGGGAGAAGACAAUCAUGACAAACAAUGGAAUCUCACAGAACGAAUCCCAAUGAUAAGAUUUGAUGAGUGUUUUGCAGCAUUCCAUAAUAAAGCUAUUGGACAUAUAAUGCCGCUAGAUGUACAAUAUGACGCAAUAAGUUGGUGGGGAGCAGGACGUUACCUCCACAUGAAAUCGUACUAUUAUUUUCACCGUCAGCUUGCACGAUAUACCCCCAUGACUGUACAUAACCCUCAGCAUAAAGAUUAUCCCCAAGGAACUAUCCCAUAUGUGGAUAUAAUUAAAAACAUCAGAUCGAAAGUUCCAAUGUCUUAUCGAAAUGCAACCAUAUUUAUGCAGGACCUUAAGAUUAUGGCUGGUGAUGGUUGGCGAUGGCAUAUUCAUAUUCAUCCAUUGAAACCAACCUUUGAAUUAGCUCCUAAAAAUGAUGAAAUAGUUCCAUUCAAAUAUAUUGAUACCAUUAGACAUUUUUAAUGAUCAAUUCAUUGUCUAUAUAACCAUAGUGUUAUUGGUUAUAGAGCAAUUUCAAGGCUAAUAAUAUAUGUGGAUGGAGCAGGUGCUUUUUCAGUAUGCAUCAGAAUUUCAAUCAAAGAAAGUCGGUCAUGCAGCAAACACCACAUUAACUUGGAUUGUAAUCGUAUGUUGUGCAUUGGAAAAUUAUUAUCAUAUUGAAAUGAAAGUGAAGUGAAAUCUCGAGUUUUAUCUACAGGGUGGUCCAAAAAAGUGAACCCCUGCAACGGGCCAUAUUUCCCUUAUUACUUGAAGGAAUUUUUUUUUAUUUUCACAUGUUGUAGAGGAAGGUCUAAAAGGAAGUAGUGCGCUCUCCAUUAUGGUCUCCCCAUGAAAAAAAUUAAUUCAUCAGAUUUUUCAACUACACACUGUAUCUUGUUGACCUAUAUUCAGCACUGUAUUGAUGUAUAG